AUGGGAAGCCGAAAGCAACAUAAAACACGUCCAUUUUCAAACGAUGUACAUUUUUAAAAAACGGCUUUGAGCAAGGUCUUUAAACAAAACAUUGCGGAGAGGUGCAGCCCGACGCAAAGCUAUCUGAGCGAAACGGAAAUACGAAGGAGCGAAGCAUCUUGAGUCCGCCUCGCAACAACAACAAUGGCCGCCUCCUGCUCGCUGGUGUGCUGCGGAGAGGAGCAUGAUUCCGACAAAGCUGUUAUUGUGCGCUUUUCCAACGGCAGCGUCCCACCUGGGGACGGACUGGAUGUCGCGAUGUACAAAAACCAAGACGAAAGAAACCCGAGGAAAAAGACCAGGCGGAUAGUGGCAGCUGAAUCAGACCGACUGUGCUAUGUUGGAAAAAACUUCGGAGAGGGGUCCUUGAAGUGCAACAACCUUUGCAAGUAUUAUGUGGGAGUGCUAAACAGGAAGACCAUGAAAAUGGAGGUGCAUGAGGCUCAGCUCUUCAACUUGCAACCUGUCAUACCAGGAGAAAUGACAGAGGAACACAAAGCCCCCCAGGACACUGCCCUAACCUACAAAGACCAGGUCGAUUCGUUGAUCGAGGCGUUCGGCACCAACAAACAGAAGAAAGCUCUGAGUUCCCGCAGGCUGAACCAGGUGAGCAGUGAUACACUGCAUCAAGCGGUGGCCAAAGCCGUCCACACUGUGAUCAACCACAAGGGUCUGGAAGCCCUCCAACAGGAAGUUGUUGACACUGAGGCCCAGGGAGAGAUGGCUGUCCACCGGCCCCCCUGCAACCCAGGCGCUGACAAACCUGAAAACGUCUACUUAUUUGACGACGUCCUGAGUCCGAUGGAGUUCGAGGCUCUGGACGAGGCUGGCUCCAAGAUGGCUUCACUCACCCCGGAGGAGAUGCAGAAGAUGAGGGACAGCGGAGGGUCCUUGUGCGUGGUGAAGCACCUGGAGAACCUGCCGAGCGACGGCGAAGCCAGAACGCGAGCGUCGCGCUGCAUCUUUUACCUCUCGAUGCUCCUCAAGCUGGCCCAGCAGAGGAACGUCUCCCACAAGUUCGGGUUGGAGGAAGGCUGCCCUCGCAGCGUUCAGAGCAAGCUGCUCCAAACGUUCACCAUGGAGACUUUCAACAACGGCAGGGUCCAGAACAUGGUGUCGUCAUCAAUGCGGACCAAAUUAGCGGCGUACUCCAUGGCAUUGCUGCUGCAUAUGAAUAACAUGAUCUGUGACCUCACGUUGUUGCACCGUGACCUGGGAAUCACUGAGGCCAGGAUGAUCGAGGUAGCCAAGUCGAUGGGACUGACUCUAAUCCGACACGCCCGGGGGAAAGCCAAGGAUGGCGAGGUCAGAGACACCAACCGGUACGCCUCCCUGGUUCUACCGCUGGUAAAGUACGAGGUGUUCCUGGAGCAGCGGAAACGCAAGAAAAUGCCCUGAAAGUCAAACUGCGAACUCGGUCAGCAAGGAGGACUCUAAGAAUUGGAAAUACCACAAACAAAGAACUGUUUAUUAAUG